AUGGAGUACGGACUGUCACACCUACCCCAAACUGUAGAUUUGGGUGCAUUUCCGUCAUGGUCGUGGGAUGCUUUAGGGGAGAAAAGCUACAUUGUAGAUAUAGCGCUCCGUUUUGAACGCGCAAAGAAGCCUUUAAUUUUUGGAGUACUAGUAACAGUGAUGUCAGUCUCCUCCGGGAGCUCACUAUGUGGGGACCAGGAUCAGGAUCUUUUACUCGAUGAGGAGGAAGACAUAGACUUCUAUGCGAUAUUGAAUGUGCCAAAGAACGCUACAGAGGAAGAAAUAAAUAAGGCGUAUCGCAGGCGGUGUCUCAUUUUCCAUCCCGAUCGGCAUAAUGACGAAGACGACAAGAAGGAAGCAGAAAAAAUCUUUGUGCAGUUACGUCGAGCUCAUGAAACGUUAAUGGAUCCGAAACAGCGUGCUAUUUACGAUGCUUUGGGAGUGCAAGGAUUAGAUACUCAAGGAUGGGAACUCGUAUCUAGAUCGGCUAAUCCUGAGAAUAUCAGAAAGGAGUAUGAGUUUUUGCAACGAUUGAAGGAACAAGAGUUGAUGCUGCAACGAGUGCAUCCUUCGAGCGGUUUUAUCGUCAAAACAUCAUUUGCUGGCUUGUUUCAAGAGAACUACGAUGAUAGGUAUCCUCCGCAACUGAUAGGAAUAGCAGUUUCACAGGCGGUUGAUUGUGCGAUGACGGCAACUGAUCGAGUAGGCCUCACAGGAAGAGUCAAAUCCGCGAAUGGGCGAGGCGAUGGGAACAUGUCUCUCAUUUGGAAAAAGAGUGCAGGACAAUUCCACAUUGAGAACAUGUUAACAGCUUCUAGUGAUAUGAUUAAUUUGUCGUGCAGAGUUGCUAGAAGUAUAUACACCCGUGCUGCUGUUAUUGUACAACCGUCUCUACAGUACUUUCCAAUGCAAGAAACUUUUGCACCUGCAUUGACCUUGAUAUAUUCUAUGAGACUACGUUCUCGAUGGCAAGGUAGCAUCAUAUUGAAUCUCACCCCUCUUCAAAGUGCUAUCACGACCACGGUUGUUCAUACUGAAAACAAUCAACCCAAGGCUGUCGCUAAUUUUACCUUAUCUCCUUCGAAUUCGAAUGUGCGUUUAGCCUAUUUCGUUCGCAAUCCGGAGCGUGACGCAUUCACGGAGAGCGCCAUCCAACUGUCAGUGUUUGGAAUUUCACCGUCGAUUCACUUCGAGCGACGUCUGUCAAGGUUCUCUCGCAUAGGUUGUGCACUACAUUUUUCUUUUCCCUCAUGUAUGAUGACUGCUAAAUUCAAGAUUAAGACUGGACAGUCAUCUUUUGAAUGGCAGGUAGUCUUGUGUGAUGACCGUGAGUCCCUAGCGAGGAGUACUAUUUACGGUGUUGUCGUUCCGGUAGUUCUGUUUCAACUUGCAACUAAGGUGGUUUUCCGCAAGUGGUGUGAUCGAUUUGCCUCACUGUUUGAUGAUCGCAGCCAUGAACAUGAGGUCGACACAGCCAAACAGGAGGAAGCGGCGCGAGUGAUUAACUUAAUGCGUCCGACUGCAGAUCGAAUUCGACGUGAAGAACAAAGGAAAUUAGGCAUCGUUAUCCUAGAUGCGAGAUAUGGACAAUCUGAGUCAAGCGGGUCGUCGUCGUAUAUCUUAGCUGGAGAUAGAACUAUUGAUGUUACUGUUCCACUUCAGGCAAUGGUCAAUGACUCGCAAUUGCGAAUAUACUCUGUUAAGAGCCAAUUACCAGGAUUUUAUGAUCCUUGUCCUGGAGAACCAAAGAUGCUACAUUAUCUGAUGACAUGCCGUUACAAAUUCCCACCAAAUCUCAUAGGAUAUCCACCCAGAAUUCGUUGUGAUGUCGUAACUUUAUCUAAGUUAUUCCUAUGUGCUCAAAAGAACGAGUAUAUCUCCUCUCAUAUGGCGUACAACACUCGGCUUGUUGCCGUCGUCUGCCAACACAGCAAAAUGUCGAAUGGAAAAGGUACCGAAGCACCGGUAGUGGCAACUGUGUCAGAUGCGGCUCCAUCAGCUCCUCCUAUUGUUCGCGAAGAUCUUCAAACAACAAGUGAUGACUCCACAUUGCCUGCAGCGAGCUCAGAUGUCCAAUUGAAUCAAGCACGAGCUGCACCUGGAGGAGCACACAAUCCAUCUCCGUAUAGUGAGCCACCUCCAUCAUACCAGAUGGCAGUAGGAUAUCCCACUACUCCCUAUCCAUCGGGUGGUCAGCCACAGAUGCCGACAGUUCCUCCCGGUUACCUACCGAAGCCGUACCCUUCACAUCCUCAGCAGCCUGGUCAGCCUCCAAUCUACUACGCUACCCAUACAGUUGGUAUGGGGCAGUUUCCGCAAGGUGAUGGAAUACCAGUCGCUACUCAAGUUGUCGUUGCAGUUGGGAAUGGUUUCACGUGCCCUCACUGCAACGUUGGAGUAGUCACAAAGGAAACGGACAUGUGUUGUAUGCUCUGCCUCAUUUUACUUACAAUUUUCACGUUUCCGUUUGGUCUUGUUUUUCUUUGCUGUCUCCCAUGCACUUCGGAUCUGAGAAAGUAUCAUGAAGAGGUUGUGAUCUUUGCUGGGGCGUGCUGGAUGCCUGCACCUCGAAUUAGCAACAUUCUUAUUCCAAAACUGUAG